UUUCUGCAAAGGCACCUGUAAUUCUUGAUGUCAGCUUCAGGAAGUAAAGCCUCUCGGUAUUAGUUAUCAAAUAUUUGCGUGUCUGAGCCGCUUGAUCGAUCGGGUUUUGUCCAAACAGCUCAGUUUGAUGCGCCUUCUUUGUAUUUCUUAUGCUUUGGCUGUUUGUGGGAUGCAUGUUUGCAUUAACCAAUUUAAAAAAACGUUUGUUCCAUGCAGGUAAAAACUGUUAAUACAGUUUUGAUAGUUGUGUCUGGCCAACCCAAGCGGACACCAUCAAGAAUCUCCACUUUUCUCCUUCUGCGCUCCUUCAGUUCACUUCAUCAUAUUUAUGACCCAGAGAGAAUGAAAAAGAAAAAAAAAAAAAUAUUAAAAUGCUCCCUGUCAGUCCAUCACUGCUGCCCCUCAAUAGCGCACUGCCUUGCGUCUCCACAGUUGUCCAGUUUCCAAACCGGGUUAUCUGUGCUGGCGUUGACGUCAAAGCAGCAGGCUGGAUGUAUAAAAGUCCCCGGACCUCUCCCGUCGCCGCUCACAGGACUUUUUAGACUCCAACGCUGACAUCUGACAUCUCACAGACCGACUACAAAGUUCAGCUGCAGCAUCUGGAGAGCAUAAAGACAUGAAGUCUGUCCCCCUCCUCCUGCUCCUCUCCUCGGUCCUCCUUUCAUCACACCUCCGUCCCGUCGCCGGCAGACCGCACUUCUUUCCCGUCUGGCUGAAUGGCAGCGGCCGUCUCCAGACGCAGCAGCUGGACGAAGUGCUUCUCAAAGCGGCUGCGGACAGGGCGGCGUCAGAUCUACAGGACGACAACGUCCUGAGAUUUCUCCAAAGGAGGAACCCGGAUCACCUUCACCUGCUCUCGCCAGAGGAGGAGAGCGAGGAAGAGGCGCUGAGGACCGCGGUGCGGCUGCUGAAGCGCAGCGAGGAACCGCCGCUGUCCAUCGACCUGACCUUCCACCUGCUGAGGAAUAUGAUCCAGAUGGCCAAGAUGGAGAGCCAGCGAGAGCAGGCUCAGCUCAACCGCAAAGUGCUCGACGAGGUGGGGAAGUAAACUUCAGCU